AUGCACAGGCGCUCGUCCGGCUUCUCGGUCCAGGACGAGGCUGAAGAUCCCUUGGUCUCGCGCGUCUCGACGGAUGAUGGCCAUGGAGCCAGCGCCCCCGUCGUCUCCGAAGCAUUGCGGUCGCCCGUAACCGCGCCCGCCGGCUGCGUCGACCUGCGCCCCGAUCCCCAUUCCUCCACGCCGCGAUCAAGGAAUUCCAGCGCCUUCAGGACCCCGUCGUCGUCGUCCUCCUCCUCGCAUGCUCCCUCCUCCUUAUCCUCCUCCUCCUUCUCCUCCUCCGCGACAAAAUCCUCGGCCGCCAUGAUGCCAUUGGGGUCUCGGCAGCUCUCCCUCGAGGGCUCGCCAGAGACCCUGCGCGGUCGACAAUCCCGCUUCCGCAGCCCGUGGUCGUGCUCGCUGCUGACCCUGUCCGUCGCCCUGUCCGGCCUGGGCUUGCUGCUCUUCAUCCUGCACGCCUUUAUCCACCGCCCGGUCGGUGCCGAUGGCUGUGACGUCCCCGUCAUGAGUCCGACGUACAUCCGCAUGGUCGAGUUCGACGCCGAGCACACGCGGUUCGCCAGCAAAUACAAUCUCUUUCUCUACCGGGAAGAGGGUGUCGAUCCCUACACGCAAGACAAUAUCGGGCUCAAUGGUGCGCCAGUCCUUUUCCUUCCCGGAAACGCCGGGAGCUACAAGCAGGUCCGAUCCUUGGCCGCAGAAGCCUCGAGGUAUUAUCGGGAGGUGGUGCAGCAUGAUCAGGAACGCCUGAAGGCCGGAACGCGCAGUUUGGAUUUCUUCAUGAUCGACUUUAAUGAGGACAUGGCGGCGUUCCAUGGCCAGACACUCUUGGACCAGGCAGAGUACGUCAACGAAGCAUUGGCCUAUAUUCUGUCGCUGUACCACGACCCGCGCCGGUCACGACGAGACCCCAACCUUCCCGACCCGAGCUCGGUGAUCUUGAUCGGACACUCGAUGGGCGGCAUUGUCGCGCGCACGGCGUUGACCAUGUCCAACUACCAAGCCAAUUCGGUCAAUACCAUCAUCACCAUGUCCGCGCCGCACGCCAAGCCUCCCGUCUCCUUUGACUCGGACGUCGUGCACACCUACAAGCAGAUCAACGACUACUGGCGAGCGGCCUACUCGCAGGAGUGGGCCAACAACAAUCCCCUGUGGCAUGUCACCCUGAUUUCCAUUGCGGGCGGAGCACGAGAUACCAUCGUCGCAUCCGACUAUGCCAGUCUCGCGUCGCUCGUUCCGGAGACGCACGGCUUCACCGUCUUUACGUCGACCAUCCCGGACGUUUGGAUCGGCAUGGACCACCUCUCGAUCACCUGGUGCGAUCAGUUCCGCAAGACGAUCAUCAAGUCCCUCUUCGACAUUGUGGACGUGCGGCGCCCCAGUCAGACGCGGCCUCGAGCGGAACGGAUGCGCAUUUUCAAGAAAUGGUAUCUUACGGGCUUGGAGCCUGUCGCGGAGAGAACGCUUCCUCACAAAGAACCCAAUACUCUCCUCACUCUGGAAGCAAACACGAACAAGAUCCUGGCCCAAGGUGAAAGACUGGUUCUGCGCGGACUCGGCAAUCAUAAGGAGCCUGAGGCGUAUCUUCUUCCCAUUCCCCCCCAGGGCGUGCCGGGAAAGAAGUUCACUCUCCUUACCGACCAGCCGUUCGAUCAAUCCAAUGGCAAUGGCAAUCUGGAGGUCCUUUUCUGCAGCGUCUUCCCUCUGCAGGCCGGCCACACCACUGCUCUAUUCUCCAUGAACAUGGACCUCUCCCGAGGCGGCUCGGGUUCGACCCGUCUGGCAUGCAAGAACGCCGCCGAAGACGGCAUCCAUCUCCCCGCAUCGACCCCCUCGUCCAAGCACCCAUUCGACCGGGUUCGUCCCUUCUCGUACCUCCAGUACGAUCUGGAGGAUCUUGCGGAGCACCAAUUCGUGGCUGUGGUGGACAAGGCUGACUCGCCCAGCGGCGGAUGGGUCAUUGCCGAGUUCUCCGACAGCUCGGACGCGGUGAUUCCCACUCGAGUCGGCUUGGGUCGUCUUCUCAGCGCGGGCCUCCAUAUGAAACUGCCGGCCAACCGUCCCAUGCUCACCGAAGUGAAAAUCCCUUCGCUGCAUUCCAGCUUGCUUGCGUACAAGCUGUCGGUGCGGACCAAAGGAUGCCAGGAACAUCCGGCGCUCUUCGCGCCGCUCUUGCGGCAGUCGAUGCCCGAGCCUCAUGAAUCGAAAUUCUUCGUCAAUGUCAAGGACGUCAAUGUGAACCUGCACGGGGUCGCUCCGUUCAUGCCGCCGCCGCUCCGGGAGCAAGCCACGUACGGCGGUGUAUCGUUCCAACUGUGGUCCGAUCCAACGUGCGGCUCCGGGGUGGAUCUGUCGUUGACGGUGGAUAUCCCCAACAGUCUCGGAGAGCUGGUGAUGCGGUAUCGAACGGUUUUCGCGGCGUUCCCUCUUCUGGUCAUUGCGCUCGUUCUGCGCAAGCAGUUCAAGGUGUACGACGAGACGGGCUACUUCAUCCCGUUCAUGGAAGGGCUGAAUCUGUGCCUGCGGUCGUCGUUCCCAUUGUUGCUGCUGGCCUUGUCGCUGUUCGCGUCGUCGCUUGCGUCGUCGAGACGACUCCCACCGAGCGAUGACCCGUUCCACUGGCGGACCAAUGCCACGGAGACGGUGAUUGAUUUCACGAAAAACGAUCUGUUGCUGGGCGCGCAAGACGCCUUUUUCUGGUUCCUGGUCCCUCUGUUCGGUCUGAUUAGUGUCGGGGAACCCGCCAGUAUUUUCGAUCCCGACGCCGAGACGACGGAUCAUCAACACUGCUAUUCUGCUGCUCCUCGUCGCGACGGUCAUCCCGUAUCAGUUUGCAUAUUUGGUUGCGUGUAUCGUGCAGAUUGCGACUUGUGUGCGGGCGCAGUGGCAUGUCAAGGAGACGAGACUGGCGGCGCAUUCAAGCUUCUUCAACUAUGCGCACUCGAUCCUCUCCCUCAUGCUGUGGGUGCUUCCGAUUAA